UCAGUAUGGGGACGGACACCGAGGUCGCUAUUGUCACUAGAAGUGACUUCCCGUCUCAUCGCCUGCCUAUCAAAACUGAUGAAGGAAUCCUGACGAGAGAGGAGGCAGAAAGCCUGCUGAAUUCAGCUGCUGAGAAGAGGCUGGUCAGGAAGCUGGAUAUUCACGUCAUUCUACCAGUCGGAGUGGUGUUUUUCUGGGCGUUCGUGGACAGAGUCAAUCUGGGCUAUGCAAGGCUUCAGGGGAUUGAGAAAGACCUGCAUAUGGUUGGCAACGAUUUCAAUGUGGCUUUGCUCGUGCAAAUCGCGCCAUACAUCUUCUUCGAAAUUCCAAGCAAUCUCAUCCUUAAACAUGUUCGUCCGUCGCUUUGGCUGGGUGGGUUGAGCCUUUGCUGGGGUCUCAUAACCCUAGGCCAAGGGUUGGUCAAGACUUUUAAUGGACUUGUUGUACUUCGAAUAUUCCUCGGGCUUUUUGAGUCAGGUCUAGUACCGGGAGCCGUGUAUUUGACUUCAAUGUAUUACACCCGUUUUGAGCUGCAGAAACGCAUGGUUGGAUUGUACAUCGCGAAUUGUAUCGCCAUCGCAACCAGCGGACUCAUCGCCUAUGGCAUGGAAAACCUUCAAGGACUUGGAAGCUAUAACUCCUGGCGCUGGAUAUAUAUCAUUGAAGGAAUUAUUACUAUUGCGCUGUCCAUAAUUCUCCUCUUUCUCAUCGCUGACUGGCCCAGCCAAGCCAAAUGGUUGUCCCCCGAGGAGAAGAGGCUUCUUGCAGCAAGGCAGAUUGUCGAGGAUGGCGGCUUCGCUCGUAUGGAUCGGCUUGACCGGAAAGCGCUCGUCCGCAUCUUGAGCGACUGGAAAAUAUACAGCGCAAUCAUCAUCUACUUUGCGGUCUCCGCAUCAGUAAACGCGACUGCGUUUGUGCCAAGUAUAAUUGCGCGCCUCGGCUACACCAACGCUGCUGCACAGGCGUAUACCAUUCCGAUCUACCUUGUGGCAAGUGUCCUGGCAUUCGUUGCAGCCGUGAUAUCAGAUCGCUUGCGAAAUCGAUUUGCGCCUUGCCUUUUUGCAGUAUUACUCUGUGUUUGCGGCUACUCAGUUCUCCUUAAUCAGGACAAAGUCUCACUCCAUGCGCAGUAUGGCGCGCUUUUUCUCUUCAAUGGAGGUUGCUUUAUGGUCCUCCCCACGCUGUGGACGUGGCUAAGUAACAAUAUGGCCGGCCACUAUAAGCGAUCAUGGUCGAGUGCCGCCCAGAUCGGAUUAGGCAACGCAGGCGCCAUCGUACCCACUAUGACAUUUGUCGUCCAAGAGGCCCCAGCUUAUACAAGAGCCUAUUCAGUUUCACUAGCCUUGAUUGUCGCGGCGGGACUGGUCAUGAUUCUCACCGAGUUCGGUUUGUGGUGGGAAAACAAAAUGCGUGACCAAGGAAAGCGAGACCAUCGCCUCAAUCUGCCGCAGGACGAGGUUGAAAAUCUGGGCGACGAUCACCCCAGCUUCCGAUUUACAUACUAA